AAAUGAAUAAUUCAGUUGAAGUAAAGGGUGUAUCCUCCAAGUAUCAUAUUUCAAUGUGCUUUUCUUUUGGUUGAUCGGUAAGGUUAACAGAAGUCAUAUAGCGUGAUUGAACUGUUCGGCGUUAUAUGUUCACAUUGAGUUAUACACCCGUGCUACAGUGCUACAACCACCUUUUGUGUUUGUGAAUAUUUGUGUUUGUGAAUAUUGUAAUCUGAACUUUUUUCACAUAAAUUACGGAUUGUUUUGCGUUUAAAAAUAGAAUAAAAAUGGACACAUCGAUGAAAAACUCAUCGAAAUGUAUGUUAACACUUUGGGCAGGACUGACUGUAUUGUUGAUAAGAUGGAAUCGAAUAUGUUCCGUGGAACCUAUGACUAAAACAAAUCAUGUUCCUAGAGCUUGGAAUACUGACGCGCCUGACAGACAAAUGGGGUCAGCAACUAGGGAGUAUCAACCUGACCAAUUACACUGUCAAAAUCGACCAAUUGAUAACGUUACCAACAGCCCCCAAUCACAUGCAAUACGAGGAUCAAAUAUAAUAAGCAAUGCUUCAAUCGUUUUGAUUGUGGCAUAUAUGCGGACUGGUUCGACUCUAUUGGGCGAGAUAUUGAGAGAAGUCCCUGAAUCGUUCUAUAUAUUUGAGCCUCUGAGAACAAUUGAAUCAAAGUUUAACCGUCAAAACACUGGCGACAAGAAAAAUAAAAGCGUUGAAAUUAACACUGCGGACAAUAUAACAAGAUUGUUGGACAAGAAUAGUGCUGUGGACCAAUCAAUUAAGUCCAUUCUUACCUGUCACUUAGAAUCCUUAGAGUAUGAUAUUUUGACAGAUCGUCAUCAUGCGCUCUUUAAAGACUCUAUGAAAGACGCUGUUCAGUGUGCACGUGGUAAUAUUAAUAAAGGAAACAAACUGAAGAACUUACUAUUGAAAACCAACGGAACAAGCAAAGCAAAACUUGAGGAAGACAUUGAACAUGCAAACAAUGAUAUCAGAUUAUGUCUCGCUAAGGAAAAAGAGUUAUGUUCUAAUUCUUUUAUAAUCGUGAUAAAAACAAUACGGCUUAGAAUGAGGCGUGUUCUACAGCUUAUCCCACACUUUCCAAAUAUGAAAGUUAUCCAUUUAUUAAGAGAUCCCAGAGGUAUGUUUCAGUCGUGGGCUAAUACGGGAUUUCGAGCAGAUUUUAGUCAAAUUGCCAAAGAAUGUCACACAUUAAGUACAAAUAUUGCAAUAUCGAAAUCAAUCAUUCACCAAUAUCCAGAGAAAUUAAAAAUUAUACAGUACGAAGAAUUGGCUGAAUUUCCAUAUGCAACGACCAAGGAAAUAUUUGACUUUGUUGGACUUGCAUUUAGUGAGAAAAUCCAGAAAUUUCUAAGCAAUAAAACAUCGUCUGAAACUCAUGGAAGCGCAUAUGAUACAAAUAGAAGAAAUUCAACCGAGACAGCUAGUAAAUGGAGAAAAAAUAUUAGCUUCGCAGACGCACAGACUAUAGACGCGAUAUGUGUUGAAAAUAAUGAAGUUCUUGGAUAUCUGCCUGUUAAAACUGAACAAGAACUACGAAACAUGAGUUUGUCUUUAAGAAUUCGCCAAAAUGUUACGCAGGCAUUAAUAAAAAGUUAUGAGUUUUAAUGCAGUCAAGAGGUACGUUUUUGUAGGUUAUUUGAGUUUCUGAUUAUGUUGAAACUAUUUAUAUUAUCAGCCUAUAUGUCAGUUAGUAGUCCAAAAUAUAAAUCAUAAUGACAUUAUAAACAAACAUCACAAAAAUUAAGGUGGACAAACCGAGAUAAAACAAAAGCAUUAAACGUAUAAUGUUUAAACUUUUGGCUAUUGAGCUUGUUUCUGUAGUUUUCCAUAUACAUAUUGAAAAUUCAAAUCGAAUUCAAACAAAGGUUAGAUCGAGAAUGAUCAAGAACAUUAUUGCAAAGUUCUUUCUUUCAAGAACACGAUUCUCUUACAAAACUUUGUAUUAUAUUAAUUCAUAUUAAUUCGAAUAUUCACCUGUUGUACAUACCUUAAGUACUAUAUAGACAGUACAUUUUUAUUAACGGUUUCAUUGAAAAUAAUGUGUAUGAUAUAAAUGUGUUUUCUUUUAUUGUUUAUUGUAAUGAUGUCCAUUUUAUUAAGUUUGUUCGUCUUGUUUGUAUUCUAUGUUUGUACUUUAAAUCCUUUUAUUAUCUUUAUUUUUUGGUUUCAUAGGAUUUCAAUAGCGAUUUUGUUUUAAUUAAAAAAGAUCAUUUUUGUCUGCCUAAAGAAACUGAACAAGAACUACGAAACAUGA